UACAAAAUACAUAUUCCCGCAGACAACGGAUAUUAAGACUGGACUGUCUCACAACACCCUCUCCCAGCAACAUUUGAGUGUAAAAAAAGAAAGAAAAAGAAAAAGUACAUAGAUAUAUGUAUAAAAAAUAAGCAAACAGGAACAUUAACUAGAAAAUAGAUGCCUAAUAGCAAAGAAAAUGCGAGCAGUGGGGGUAGUGGUGUGACUGAGAGUAAAAAGGUGCAAAGUCCAAAGAUUUCAGAAGGGAACAUAAGAAGUUUCCGGGAAUCAAGGGUCAAUAUCAUGUGACCUCACCGAUAAGGAUUAUCCCAUUUGGUUUUUUAUGAUCCUCUCUUUUAGAGUCGAAAGCUACUCCAAGAAACAGCACUGUGUUCCAGUUUGGAGGCGCCACCAGAAUCGAUCUGCUCACUCAGUUGCAAUGACAAUUUUUAGAGGUGGCAUUGGCAGAUUUAGUGGUGGAGUUAGAGCUACAGUUUUCUUCUUGUGGAUCGUUAUCUUGUUCUUUUCCCAGUUAGGUUUGCAUUUUGCUGUUCAUAAUGAUAACAGUAAUAAAGACGCCAGUACCAGCAGUGGUAGUCAUCAGUCAUUCACGUUUCAUCCCCCAAGGAAAGCCCUGUCUUUGGACACUGCUUCUUUUCAUGCUCCCUCAAGCCUAUCUCAGUUUACUGUGAAUGAAGAUGAUCCAGACACUGUAUAUGAAGAUGAUAUGAGAGUAGUUCAUACAGGAACUCAGCUGAUGACGAGAAUCUCCAUAGCUGGAACUAAGCUAAGGUUUGAUAAUUUUGGUGGUGGGGGAGGGAGAGGAACUCGUUUGAUUGAUUAUUCCCAGAAGUAACUUAAAUGCGUCCAUUUUUCUCAAAGAGGAAGCCUGUCUCGCUGAUCCAACGCGCCUUCUCAUCGCAUGGGACACACCACGCGCCUUCCAUCAUAUAUUAAUUCGUACUUAUUGUAUGAUCUUAUUUAAUACUACGCAGUAAAGGAAAAAAAAAAGACACACGACUUUCGACUCAGUUAAAGCGUAGGUGGUUUGUGAUAUACCAUACACAAUUUUAUUUAGUUAUUCGUGUGACUCCAUGUGUAAUUACUAUACAGUUUUAUUCUAGUUAAUUCAAUCAGCUUAUUAAUUUUAGUUUGAA